ACACUUCAUAUAUAUACGCUCCAUUGCCACGACGAUAGAUUCUGUUGCUAUAAUUAAACACAGUAAUCUUCAUCCCGCGUCUACUUGCAUAUUCACACAGCCUAUAUCAUGCCUGUUGUUGCUCCCCACGACGAUACCAUAGCCCCUUCAGGGAAGUUUUCCCAGAUGCUCAAUAAGAUCUCCGGCCAGCCGGAAUCGUACGCCCGAAAAAGCGCCUACACCUUCGGCAAGACCUUGGGCGCUGGCUCGUUCGGGGUUGUGAGACAGGCGCGUAACAACACCACGAAGGAGGAGGUGGCGAUCAAGAUCAUGCUCAAGAGCACCUUAAACGGCAAUGAGCAGCUCGUUUACGACGAAUUGAGCUUUUUGACGCAGUUAAAGCACCCUCACAUUGUUGGCUUCCGUGACUGGUUCGAAAGUAAGUCCAAGUUCUAUGUGGUCACGCAGCUUGCAACCGGCGGUGAGUUGUUUGACCGGAUUGUGGAUUUGGGCCACUUUACCGAAAGAGACGCUUCCUUGGUGAUCUACCAGGUGGCAGAGGCCUUGGAAUACUUGCAUGGUCAGAACAUUGUCCACCGUGACGUCAAGCCUGAGAACAUCUUGUACUUGAACCACGAACAGGAGUCGCCCAUUGUGCUUGCCGACUUUGGGAUCGCCAAGCGUCUCCGGAGCAGCGACGAUCUCAUCCACACCUCUGCCGGCUCAUUCGGUUACGCCGCCCCGGAGGUUUUGAAGGGGCUCGGUCACGGGAAGCUGUGCGACGUGUGGUCCCUUGGUGUCAUUACUUAUACCUUGCUCUGUGGGUACUCUCCGUUUAGAUCCGAGAACAUUCCCGACUUUCUCGCCGAGGUGAAGCACAAUAACGCGGUGAUUUUUCACGAAAAGUACUGGAAGCACAUUAGUGAGGACGCCCGUCGCUUCAUCGUCAACUUGCUAGACGUUGAGCCGACGGAGAGACCUAGCAUCGAGCAGGUCUUGCAGGACAAGUGGCUCACCAACAUCGCCGCCGAACACCACGACGUCGACUUGUUGCCAUCGAUCAGAGCCGGUUUCAAUGCCAAGUCCAAGUUCAAACAGGCGAUCGAGUUGGUGAUGUUGCAAAACAGAAUCAAGAGGCUUCAAGAAUUGGACGACGACGACUCCGACGACACGGACUUUGAAGACGUGGGAUCGUCCAGCAGCACGGGCCUUAGUGGCUGGGGGGCCCUUUCUUCGGCGUUGAAAAAGACCCAAUCCACAGGAAGCUCGUCCAGUACCUCUUCGGAAAAGAAGAGCAGCGACGCGAUCAGUGCGCUCCAGCAGUUAGUCAAGACGGCCACCCAGAACAAGGAACGGGUUUUGAACCACGUUGAGGAAUAGAGGGCUUGUGCUUCCCUCGUACUCUCAUUAGUGCCAGUCCUCUGUAUUUUUUGGUCGACUUUAGCCACGCACGAUCCGAACGUUACCAUAUUCAUGCUUUAAUAUAUAAUUUCAGUCAACCGUGCAGUAAGGUUAUCUUUCUAGUUGAAAUUAUCUCACAUUUGUUUAAAGCCCUUCCAACCAUAGUAUACUCUAAAUUAUUUUACACCCAACUGAUGUAUUUUAUCUGGAAUCUUGUGUGCGUACAAAGGAAUGACCAAGGGGCCAAAUAAAGAUAAAACGUUGUGAUGGAAGGAUACAAGGACUUGUGUAAUAUUCUUCCAUUUCGAGAAUGGUUUAAUGCGGAGCAAUUUCAUGAUCAAAAGUCACGAGGCUAUAACGUUCUCUUGCAGCAAUCACCAUGUACCCAGGCUCGAAAAAUCCCUAGCUAAAGGUUUUGACCAAGCACUAAAAAUCACCCGUAC